GAGCAGAACACUGGCAAUUGUGAGACCUCGUGAAAAACUGCAGUGAGGAAGAUGAAGCUCCCGAUUUUCAUUGCAGACGCAUUCACAGCAAGGGCAUUUUGUGGGAACCCUGCAGCUGUCUGCCUCCUGGAAAAUGAACUGGAGAAUGACACAUAUCAAAACAUCGCAAAGGAAAUGAACCUGUCUGAAACUGCGUUUGUUCGAAAAUUGAGCCCAACAGACAACUUUACCCAAAGUUCCUGCUUUGGACUCAGGUGGUUUACCCCGGCAAGUGAAGUCCCGCUGUUUUUUUGUUUCCUUGCACAGACUGCUAUAGGUGACACCUUGGUCCAAGAUAUCCAGUAUUCUCCAGACACCCGCAAGCUUCUCGUCCGGCUCAGUGAUUCUUACAAAAGGUCAUUUCUAGAGACCCUGAAGGUGAACACAGAGAAUCUGCCUCACAUUGAAAAUACAGGAAAGGUGAAAGGACUCAUUCUCACCCUGAAAGGAGAGCCUGGUGGGCAGACCCAAGCAUUUGACUUCUACUCCAGAUAUUUUGCUCCAUGGUGGGAUGUGGCUGAGGACCCCGUAACAGGAUCUGCACACACUAUCCUCAGCAGCUACUGGUCCCAGCAGCUCGGGAAGAAACAAAUGCGUGCCUUUCAGUGUUCCAGACGAGGAGGAGAACUGAACAUUGCUCUGCGACCGGAUGGACGAGUGGAUGUGAAGGGUGCAGCUACUGUGGUUUUAGAGGGCACGCUGAUGGUCUAGACAGGCUGUACUAGCAUGCCGCUGUCUCUGAGGACAAAGUGUUUUCUGCAUGAAAAGAAAAAGGCUGCCUUUAGCAAGCCUGCCUAGUAGUCCACUCAAUCCUCACGUGAAAAAUAGAAAAAGAAAGACAUAGCCAUGGAAAUGUAAUAAUGCUUCCAGAAUAAUUAACUAAGGGAAUUUUAAAAACUCUAGUUGAGAUGGUAGCAACUCGAAUAAUGUUAUCUCUUUUGAUGAUAAUACCAAAGAAUGCAGGGGGAGGGAAUAUAUUGGGAAGAGUGAGAAGCCAUGUAAAUUUAGGUGUGAAUGCCUUAUAGAAUAUCUGUGGGCCUUUGAAAGAUUGUGAGGAUAUAGAGAAAGCUAUUUUAUGAUUUAAUGCCAAGAAAAAAAAGUACAAGCCAGGUGACCAAGCCUGUAAUCCUAGCUACUUAAGAGUCUGAGAUAGGAGGAUG